GCCUUAUUUUGGCGGUUAUCUAAGCGGCCUCCCCAAGGCGAGUGAGGCAGAAGUGGUAAGUGGUUAUAGAGUAUGGUCAGGUUAGCACCGAGAUAAACAGCGAUGUGAGCGAAGUAGGGGUUAAUGUGCCCUCCACUGCCCUCAAGCUUCAGGUCUUCCCUCAGCCGGAGCUCAGGGGAGCCCACGGCCCGCCGUAUAGCAAAGUCGCUCAUCUAGAGCGGCCUUAGGAUUCCCAGCGGGCAAGGACAACUGCUGAGCGCGUGGGCGCCGGCGCGCCGGUGUACCUGGCCGCGGUGCUGGAGUGCCUGACGGCCGAGAUCCUGAAGCUGGCGGGCAACGCGGCGCGCGACAACAAGAAGACGCGCAUCAUCCCGCGCCGCCUGCAGCUGGCCAUCCGCAAAGGCUUUUGGGAAGAACAAUAGUAACCAUAAUGGGCCUGGAGACGUUACUCCAAGGUAAAUGCAACAUGUCCACUAGAGCAGAAACCAAGGAGACAAAGGGAGAUACUUCCAAUGAUGGUGUCUUAAGUAUGACUGAAGCACAAACCUCCAGGGAAGGCUUUUGCUUAGUCAGGCAUGGGCUGGCCUUCAUCUUGCUUCUCUGUAACUUUUCAAUUUCCACCCAACAAAUGAACUUGAGCAUCGCCAUGCCAGCUAUGGUGAACCACAUAGGCCUGUACAACAGCCAACCCAAUGCUUCUGCAAGAAGACAUCCCAAUGACACCCUGGACAACUGGAAUGAAACUGUAAAGGAAUUUAAGGCAGUGGCCCCUGUGUAUGAUUGGAAUCCUGAGACCCAAGGAGUCAUCCUCAGUUCCCUCAACUAUGCCUCAUUCUUGGCUCCAAUCCCUAGUGGCUAUGUGGCUGGAAUAUUUGGAGCCAAGUACGUGGUUGGAGCUGGCUUGGUCAUUUCCUCAGUCCUGACCCUCUUCACUCCACUGGCAGCUGAUGCUGGGGUGACUUUGCUCAUUGUCCUUCGGGUUGUCCAAGGCAUAGCCCAGGUUAUGGUAUCCACAGGUCAGUUUUCAAUUUGGGUCAAAUGGGCACCCCCACUAGAAAGGAGUCAGCUGAUCACCAUGGCUGUAUCAGGAGGCAUCCUGGGAGGCUUCAUCAUCCUCACUGUUGGAGGUGUCCUCAGCCAGACCAUAGGAUGGCCCUAUAUCUUCUAUAUCUUCGGUGGAAUAGGCUGUGCCUGUACCUUUCUCUGGUUUCCUUUCGUCUAUGAGGCCCCUGUGAAUCAUCCGUUUAUCAGCACUGGUGAGAAGGAAUACAUCGUGGCUUCACUGGCUGAACAGGGUGGUUCUCCAGGCUGGUCUGUUCCUAUUAAAGCUAUGAUCAUAUCCCUGCCACUUUGGACCAUUUUACUCACUACAUUUUGUAUAUUCUGGCGUUUUUAUAUCAUCAUGGCAUACAUACCAACAUACAUUAACUCUGUACUUCAAGCUAAUUUCAGAGACAGUGGGAUCCUGUCAGCCCUGCCAUUUGUUUUUUCCUUUCCCUGCCUUAUCCUUGGAGGUCAACUGGCUGGUUUUCUCCUCUCCAGAAAAAUCCUUAGACUGGUCACUAUCAGGAAACUCUUUACUACCUUAGGGAUUCUUGUCCCAACUGGACUCCUCUUGUGCCUGCCCUGGGUGAGAUCCAGCCAGAUCACCACCAUUGCCUUCUUGGUACUGAGUUGUGUCUUUGGCAGUCUCUGUGAAGUAGGAGUCCUUAUCAGCAUCGUGGACAUUGCUCCUCGGUACAGUGCCUUUCUCCAAGGACUAUCACAAGUCUUUUCUUACAUAGCCGGAGCCAUCGCUCCCACUGUUUCUGGAUAUUUGCUAAAUAAGGAUUCAGAGUUCGGUUGGAGAAAUGUCUUCUUGGUUUCUGCUGCUAUUAACAUAGUAGGCCUAGUGUUCUACCUCAUCUUUGGCCAAGCAGAAGUCCAGAAGUGGGCUAAAGAAUAGACAUCAAUGACAUCUGUGGAAACCAAGUGACACCUUACAUCCUGUCACUUAGUUGCACUUUUCAUGCCUUCAGGGACAUUUUCUUCUCAUGCUUGAUUUACUGAUUAACCAUUCAAUUUAUCUACAGUAUCUUCUCAAAGUCCUUGGCUGUGUAAUACUGGUGGGUCUGCUCCAAGACUUCACAGAGAGGGGCAGGUGAAAGAUCAAUCUUUUUAACUGUGAGCAGUUGAAGGCAUAGGUGUCUGAAUUUUUAUGUGUUACUGUGAAAUAGUCAGAAAUAUAUAUUUAAUUUUCUGCCCCCAGUUCCUAAUACAGAAUUCCUAAACCCCUAUAAUUUCCUGAGUUGUAUGCAUGAGAGGAGCAUC